UGGGAGUAGUAGACCUGGCACAGCAGACAACAAUGUAAUUGAGUAGUUUUGUUACAGGCAACAGAUGACCGUAGCGGAGUGCAGAGCAUCUGACAUUUAGCACAACGUUGGAAGAGUCCAGAGGUCAGUUGUGGCGUUAGGGGAGCUUGGGACCCUGCAUGGGCUUCCCAGGAAGCCGGCCGCAGGUAACAGGAGUUCUAGUGCGUGCCUGCUGUCAGUGCUCGGUGGUAACUAGGAGGGCUGCAAGAAGCAGGAGUCAGAAAAUGAACGGCAAAAUUGCUGAAAUGCAGAGGAGAUGCUGAAGUGAUGGCUACACCUGUUGAGAGUAAUUCUGGUAACAUGGCACUGGUCCCCCAGAGAGCACAACGUUUCUUGGAUACCUUUCUUCAGGAGUUCCCAGCACCGUUGGAUCCUGAUGCUUCUCUCCCAGCAAAGCCCCAGAGCAGCAUUUUGAGUCCAGAUGAGGUGGAGGGGGAGAUGAUUGAGUUUGGCCUCAGGCUUCUACACGACAGGAAUGCACCACCCCUGCUUGCUGCAGCUGUGGUCCAUGCUGCUGUUGGAGAGAUGCUGCAAGCUGACCUAACUGUUUUUGAAAAGAAACUGGAUAGUAGCCAGGAUGAUGUUGACAACACUUUACUCGAAGCUCAGCCCCUACAACACAGUUUCUUUAACAAGCUCUGGGAGGUGUGUGCUUCCUGGCACAAGAAAAUGCCUGCUUUACAACAUCAAAAACGCUACCUACAGAUCUCCUGUCAUGCAAUACGUAACACCCGCAGGAAGAUGGAGGAUAAACAUGUUUCCCUUCAAGAGUUCAACCAGUUAUUUGGUCUUAAGGAUGAUGUUGACAGAUCAUAUUUUGCCAUUUUUGAUGGCCAUGGUGGGGUCGAUGCUGCUAUUUAUGCUGCAACACAUCUUCAUGUGAAUGUCAAACGACGUAAUGAAAUUACCCAGAAUCCUAUUGAUGCCUUGAAGGAGUCCUUUGAGCAAACAGAUACAAUGUUUCUACAGAAGGCCAAAAGAGAGGUCUCUGCUGAAAACUGGCUCCUGGCUCAGAAGGACAUCACCCGGUUAACAAAUAAACUUCGUAGUGGCACAACUGGUGUGACUGCACUGAUCUCAGGAAACACCUUACAUGUCGCAUGGCUUGGUGAUUCUCAGGUGAUGAUGGUGCGACAUGGGAAAGAUGUUACUCUUAUGGAGGCACACAGACCAGAACGAGAGGAUGAAAAGCUCAGGAUAGAAGCUCUGGGCGGCUGUGUAUCAUACAUGGGUUGCUGGAGGGUGAAUGGUACCUUAGGUGUUUCCAGAGCAAUAGGUGAUGUGGACCAGAAGCCUUAUAUCUCGGGCAAAGCAGAUGGGGCCUCCUUUGAGUUGACAGGUGCUGAAGAUUACAUCCUGUUAGCCUGCGAUGGCUUCUUCGAUGCCAUAAAACAGUAUGAGGUGGCAGACAUUGUUCUAGAUCACUUACGGAAGCAUAAUGGAGAUGGCAGUCAGACUGCAGAAAGUCUAGUUGCUGCGGCAAAAUGGGGUGGAUCCAGUGACAACAUCACUGUUCUUGUGGUGUUUCUGAGAGAUCCUCAGGCUAUUUUGAUGGAGCAAAACAGUUUUACUUUUGAUAAUUUGGGACUGAACAAAGCUUCUGAGGCCUCAGAUGGUCCCUUCAGCUUUUUUAACUUCAGUGACGUUAAGAGUGCAGAGCAGACAGAAUAAGUAUGUGCUGUAGAGAAUCAUGUAAUUCCUUUUAGCUUGGAAUGGCUGUUUUAAAACCAAGCUCUGCCUUAUGGGAAUCUGGACAUUUGACAUGACCUGUGUAACUGUGGCAUUUUCUUAAAACGCCAUGAUGCACUCUUGCUUGUGUCAGUUUAAGGCAACAGUAACUAUCAUUCCCUUACAGUAAUGAAAGUGUGAAAAAACAGCCUUUAAGAGAUUUUUGAUGAACAUGUUAUUUACAUAAGGCUCUUAAAAAGUUGGAAGUGUUUUAUUUCUGAUGAAGCCCUUAAACUGCACAAACCAAAGAUGCUGCUGAAAGCUUCUUUAUGUCAGAUAAGUACAUGAAAUUAGGCUAUUUAACAGUUUUUUAAUGCAGCAUGUGCAAGGGGCCACAAACCUCUCCUAGUAUGUUAACGUUUUUAUUUAUAUAAUAAAAAGUCAGGUUUUAUAUGCUUAGCACCAAAGAGUAGAUUGUAAUGUCUGCAUGGCAGAUAGCAGUCUAAGAGCACUGAAGUUAGAGUUCUGUUCCAAAUUUUUUUGCUAUCUUUUCUGGUAAGAAACAAUGUUUUAAAGCUAAGGAGUGAAUUUUCCCUUAAAAUUGUUUUUGAUCUUAUGCUGUGGCCCCCACUUUAUUCAAAAGUGCACUUUUAUACACAGCUUUUGUGCACUUUAAAAUGCGUGCAGAGUCUGUCUGUGCUUAACAUAUCUGUACACAGUAGUGUGUCUUUCAGCUGUCAGACACAUAUUCUGUGUGUGACAUAUGAUGGUAUACAUCCAUUUAGCUGGAGAUUUUAAAGCUCUCCCUCAUUUCUGGUGUAACAUGCCACAACCCCCCCCCCCCCAGUAUUAAAAAAUAGGUGCUGGUGUUGAGGCCCUCAUUCAUAGGUUGUUCCACAGCCCUGCCUGGAAGACCUCUUAGCUACAGGCAGGGUGUCACAGUAUCACAUCUGAAUACUGUAGUAGUUUAAUAGAUGUACAUGUAUUAAUUGUUUGCCAACAAUAUUGGUAAUGGCAAAGGAAAAGUCAAAAGCUAUUUUGGAAGUCCAUGUUAAAGAAUAAGAGGGAAAAGAAAUCACAGCUGAAGGUAUACUGCAAGAUUUGUAUAUUCAUGGCAGGUCAUGGGAGCUUUACAGGCUAUCAGCUGCUCAUUAGUCACAGUAUUAACAUAGAUACCCGUAUGUUGGUGGUAUCACAUGAUAGCCCUUCAUCUGGUGUUCAGUAUUUGGAUAGUCCUGCAACUGGAGUCCCUAAGUUAGACCAGCUGACCGAGUUUAAUGUAGUAGAGCCCGCUACAGACUGGUCUGAAUUUCACAUCUUACUGUUUCAUUUCCUUUUGUAUAGUACUUUUAUUGUUUUAAUCAGCUACUGAGUUUUUCCACUAUGUAAUAGACAUUUUAUUGUUCAACUGGCUAGGUAAUUCUGUGCUAAAUAUGUAUUGCAUUCAGAAAGAUAUCUAUUUUAAUAUUUUAAAAGUUAUAUAAUUUUUAUAAUUAACAAAGAUAAUCAUGCAGUGUUAUGUUCUUUAAACUGUGUUUGGUUUUUGUUACAUUCAUAUUUUUUAGCUAGACAUGGUCACCUUUUGUGCCUUAAAAUGAUAAUAUAUAACAAUGUUACAGCAACCCCAUGGUUUACGGGGUUCAUUGAAACUGAAUAUUAGUUACGGGGCAACUUGUGAUGAUCUUUGCUGUGUAUGAUCUCUUAUUUAUGCACCCCAAAAAACUUUUCAGGAUAGCAGUGCUCACUGUUAAGUUGACUGCUGUAUGAACUGUGUGUAGUUUUAGGAUCUCAAUGCUUUGUAUUUCUCUGUAUUACUGCUGUACCGCUAUGCUCUGGGUAAGCGGACUACUGACUUUUUUUUUUUAAGAUAUACUGUCCUGAAAAACAAGUGUCAUUGUGCACUUGACAUUUUAAAUAUUUCUUAAGAAAAACAUUGUGUUUUAGCACAGCUUUCUGUUCAAAAGAGAGAUAUUUCCAAUAGUUCUCUGCAGUCCACUGUUGUUUCACUUAACGUUUGAAAAACUGAUAAACAUUAGAACCUUUGAUUCGAGCACUGUGCUCAAACUGCCACUUGGUGCUUUAUUUUAAUCUGGAAAGUUUAUCACAACAUGUUCUCCACUAAACUAUUCCUCAGUAGUUGAACACUUGAAAUUAAAUCAUCUCAUUUGAAAACAAAAAAUGGAAAGUUUUAAGUGCAUAUGCUAAAAAAUGUAUAUGGAGCCCUGUUAUAACCACCAGUAUUUACUGUGUAUAUAUAUCUCUAAAAGUUAUUCCCUCAUAAUGUAAGCUCAUUUAAUGGUUGUUGUAUUUAUCUUUUCUGACAAGUACAUGGAUGUUUUACACAGGUGUUUUGCUGCCUCAGUUUUUUAAAUGAUGUAUUCCUGUUUGAGUUCCUUGUUAAAUGGAAGCGAUUUUCA